GAAACCUACCCUUUCGACGUACCUUCAACGGACCGUUCGAUUGGCGAAUCCAUUUGUCAGACUAAGAGGAUGUCCGGCCCGUUGACCGGGAGUCAACGCAAGAAAGCGUGUUACACGAGAGCUCGCAUAUUAUAUUUAAUUUUUAUCGUAUUAAAUAUUUUUAAGUUCUUAAUUUAUUAUCAGAGAGAAAUAAAAACAGAUAGUUAUUAGUGAGAGAGAGCACGGGAGGCUUCUCUGUCACACGGGGAAUCUCUUUCCGCUUGUGCUUUUAUUUAUUUUUUUUUUUGGGGAAAAAAAAAUGGUACUUUCAAAGUGGCAACUUGCAAUAGAUCAAUGAAAGCCUUGCCGACCUCGUGCGCGAUCUGAGAGAGGAAUUCCGCUUUCUUCCAUCCUCGAUCUCUUCCGUGUGCGAGGAAAGGGGGGGUUUGAGCGACGGCGGAGAGGUGGAGAAGGAGCGGCAAAGGUUCGAUUCUUUUAGGGCGGAUCCGAUCGGCGGCAGAGCGGGAGGGAUGACGGCGGGAGGAGGGCGGCAGCCGACGUGGAAGGAGAGAGAAAACAACAAACGGAGGGAGCGGCGGCGACGGGCGAUCGCGGCCAAGAUCUUCACCGGGCUGCGGGCGACGGGGAACUACAAGCUCCCUAAGCACUGCGACAACAACGAGGUCCUCAAGGCCUUGUGCCGCGAGGCCGGGUGGAUCGUCGAGGAGGACGGGACCACCUACCGGAAGGGCUGCAAGCCGCCACCACCACCUCCUGAACCUGUAGUUGCUGGUCCAUCUUCAAGCAUAAGUCCAUGCUCCUCCCCCCCUCUGCUGAGUCCGCUCUCCUCAUCUUUCCCAAGUCCCGCACCUUCCUACCAUGCAAGCCCGAUGACAUCAUCUUUCCCAAGCCCCAGUCGCCAUGAUAAUAUCCAUAACCCCAGCAUCAACCCUUCACAUCUCCUCCCAUUUCUCCAAAAUCUCACCUCCCUUCCUCCGCUUCGCAUAUCAAAUAGUGCCCCGGUGACCCCUCCACUAUCAUCCCCUACUGCCUCUCGCCCACCUAAGAUCCAGAAUCUUGACAAUGUAUUCUGCCACUCACUGUAUGCUAUGUCUGCCCCUUCUAGCCCCACUAGAGGCCACCACCAUGUCCAACCUGCCACUAUACCUGAAUGCGACGAGUCUGAUGCAUCGACUGUUGACUCCGGCUGGGGGGCCAGCUCCCAGACAGCAGUCCCUGGGUCACCGACUUUCAACCUUGUCAAGCCCUUUGGUUCGAUGAAGGGGACUGCUGUUCUCACAUCAGGAGGGAUAUCCGAGAGGGAACAAGAAGGCACGGAGUUUGAAUUUGAGAAUAGGUGGGUGAAGCCGUGGGAGGGCGAGAAGAUUCACGACGUUGGACCAGAUGACAUUCAGCUCACUUUGGGAAUCGGAGUUGCAACCCCAAAGUGAAACGUCACAUUUUGAAGCUUUAUUAGUGUGCAUUCUGUUUUCCAAGUUCAGGAUCGAUUCUUUGUUGUCUAGAUAUUCUGUGUGCUGUUCUAGUGCCCCCAUUCAUUGUCUUGGUCUUCAGCGACUAAGUUGUGCUAUGACUUAAUGAUUCCCAUGAGAACGUAUUGUGCUAAUACAGAUAAAUUUAUUCCACGGGGGAAGUUUUUUAUGUGAA